CGGUACUUUGUGAUAAGACUGGAGGUAUAUUUUCAUCAUUUCAAUUUAAAGCAUACGUCAGGCACUUAACUGUGAGAGGAUUCUAUUUUUUAGAAAAUGGUUGGAAAAGUUGAAUGGAGGAGAGCUGGCGGGCUGAUGAUGAAAACACAGAUAGGACGCAUUACCUGACCGCAGCAGGACGAAUCACACCGUGUCACUCCGCGCAGGUUUCAGGAUGAGGAGCUCCCUGCAGUCCCUAUGGAGAGCCAAUUUGUUCUUCUAUCUUGGACUAUGUCUGCACUGUGGAUACGCCAAAGUACUAACUGAAGUGCAGAUUGGGCCUCUGUACCGUGUUGUGGGCGCUCCACUCUCCAUCUCCUGCAGUGUGAGUGGCUUCACUGAUGCCCAAGCAAAAAAGGUCUUUGAAUACCUCGUUCAGAAGCCUGGAAGUCAAAGGGAGGAGAAUGUUAUCAGCACCCGUGACCCAAACUUUGCCUAUGCUAAGUAUAAGCGCCGUGCUGAGAGAUCGGAAAUCGCUCUGACGCAUACAUCUCCAAACUCAGUCCUGUUUGAAAUACACCAACUGGAGAAAAGUGAUGAAGGGGAAUAUGAGUGCAGUACUGUGGAAAACGCAUUUGUUUAUGAUGGAACCUACAGCGCUACAACAUCAGUGAAAGUGAUUGACAACUCCCUGAGUGUUUCAUCACCUGCCUCCACCUCACUGAGCUAUAAUGAGGGCGAAGCUUUCACCUCCACAUGCCAAGCCUCCAGCAACACCGUCCAGCACACCCACCUGUCUUUCGCUUGGUUUCUCCAUAAAGAUGGUGAGGAAAAUCCUCGGCCCAUCAUCUCUCUGGACAGGUAUUUCACACUGAGCCCCGGCCCGGGCUUUGAAGGGCGUUACCGAGCUGGACUCAUAAGAUUAGAUAAGAUUGGAGAGUCCACAUACAGGCUAAACAUCGCUCAGCUUGAGCUGUCAGACCAAGGCAGGGUCUUCUGCCGCGCUCAGGAGUGGAUCCAAGAUCCUGACCGCUCUUGGUACGCCAUCGCACAGAAGGACACGGAAGGAACUGUCCUGCAGGUCAAAGCCAGAGAGGUGGUGCCAGACGUAUCAUCUCUGUUGGUGAGAAUCUCCUCGCAGUCUACAGCUCUGCAGGUCGGCCAGAAGCUGUCGAUAUCCUGCAGCGUGAAUGCACAGAGCUUAGAGGAAAGGUUCUUCUCAGUGGCCUGGUUCAGAGGAGAUGAUGAGCUGGCCCGUAUUGGGCCUACAGGCAUUCUCACUGUGGGGCAUGAGUACAAUGUGCGAGAGGAAGAGCUAAAGGUGGCCAGGAUCAGUGACAGAGAUUUCUAUCUCAGAUUACAGCCUGUCAGAAUAGAGGACCAGGGAGAGUAUAUCUGUAGAGCAUGGCCUCAGAAAAGAGGACAAGACAGUGAUUUUAUACAGGGAGCUGCGCAGGACUCCACCCCCCAGAGAAUAAACAUCUCAGCCACAGAAAGCGGGCUCUCACUUGACAUGCAAGGCGACACGAAUGUUAGCGAAGGGGACAGGCUGACGCUCACCUGUAAGGUGCAUGGCUACAAAGGUCAGCUCUCCAUCACCUGGCAACAAGGGUCGACCACUGUUAUCAGCCUGAACCAGGAGGGUGUGGUGGUAGAGGAGUUAAAAAGCCGGAAAAUAAAGGCGACACGUCCAGCAGCAGACACCUUCACUCUGGAGCUGGAUGAUGUCACACCUGAAUCAGAAGGUGUGUAUCAGUGCGCCGUGUCCGAGUGGGAAAACAACCGCAUGACCAACAGCCGCUCACAGACUGCCACUGUGACAGUGGUUCCUGCUGCCUCCUUUGUGAAAGUGAAGCUUGUAAGUCGUGACAAUACAGUGACUAUAGGGGAAAACGUGGACUUGAUUUGCCAAGUCAAAGGCGUGCACGUACCGAUCACAGUGACAUGGAGCCGUCUGCGUGAUGACUCACACAUUGAAAACAUCCUGACAGUGUACUCAAAUGGUGGCAUCAGCUGGUCUGCAAACCAGCACCGCUACCAGCUGAAUAUAGAGAGGAGAGAGAACGAGUUCAUUCACCGUCUUCUUAUCAGGGGUGCGAGCAACAUGGAGGCUGGACGAUACCAGUGCAUUGUGUCGCACAACACGCACGAGACGCUAGCUGUGUCAAAUCAGCUGGCAGUACAGGUGGAAGACCCAGUGAGCAACCUGGUUCUGACAUCAACUCGGCGCUUGAAGACUACCAUCGACACUGACGUAGAAAUAAAAUGCUUCAUCACCUCUGAGCCCUCUGUAUUGUCUCGCUAUGCCGUCACUUGGUAUCUUGAACAAAAUGCAGAAAAGAAGAUCUUAUUGAGCUCAGACCAGGAUGCCAAAGUAACGUUUGGACCUGAGGUAGACCUGAGCCAGAGACAGAGGAUCAGCAUGAAGCGUACAAAGGGCCCAUGUUUUGAGUUAAAUAUUCGCCAAGCUUGGAUUUCAGACAACGGCAUUUACUCGUGUGAGGUGGCAGAAUGGCAACAAGAUCCUAAGGGGGAUUGGUAUCGUCUCUCAUCGGUGUCCGAAGUAACGAAUUUAACAGUUACAGAGCCAGAAAAAAAGCUGUCCAUCCUACAGGAAGACAUGGAGCUGAAUGUUACCAGUUCUCAGAAUUUUACCAUCCAUUGCCACAUCACCAGCCGAGCCAGCAAUGAAUCUCAGUUCCAGGUGACAUGGUAUUUUUGGCAGAAUGAGACAGAAUCAAAACAGCGCCCCAUAUUCACAGCCUACCGGAACUCCACCCUACAAGACUGGUUUAAGAAAGGGGAUCAACUGAGAUUUGGCCACUUUUCACCCGACCAGUUCAGCCUCACAGUGUCGAGACCAGGCACUGAAUACAGCGGCCUGUAUGUCUGUGAGGUAGAAGAGUGGCUGCUGUCGCCGUCUCACGGGUGGAGGAAGUCCGCAGUGGAAACAUCUGGAGUUUUGACUGUUUAUGUCUAUGCAGAAGGAGAUGUUAAAGAAACCUGUAAACCCGAAUGCAAUUUAGGGACCUGGAUAGGGAUCCCUGUGGCUUUCAUCAUCUGCACACUGGUGGUCAUAUUUCUGCUGGUGCUGAAGAUAUGCAGCAGCAACUCCUCCGGAGGAAAGAAGUCAGGACAGUCUCUGUGGGCAGAGCAUCCUCUGAACCCCAAACCCAGCACAGAUGAUUCAACUUUCUGAAGUCAGAGGAGGAGAGGAGAUAAUUAGAGAAUGCAGUCAUUGGCCUAUUUUUUUAUGUGCUCUGUAAUAUAGGAGAGGAUGUUUUAUAAUUGGACUAGUUCCACUGUAAAUAUUUUUAUUCAUUUUCAUUCAAAGUCCAAUCAGUCUUGUUUAAAUUAGUUGGUUGAUAAUGUUCCCUACAAAAAGUUUGAAUAUUUUAACUCUCUGUGCAGCUAGGGAAUAAUUUAGCCUUUAUGAAUAAAUAAAAUUAAUCUAAUCCUUAAAAUUAAACCAGCACUUUUUAUUUUACUGCUGAACUGCUGAGCAUAACGGCCAGCUUCUCACUGCCAGCGACGGACAGUCAGACUAGGCAGCAGAUCGGCUUUGAGGCUUUACUGUGCACCUGCAAAGCAACGCUCUGACUGACAGAUUACUUUUUUAUGUAGCAACAUACAAGGCAGCUUGUCUUUGAUGGGGAGAAGUCAAAGCGUUGCACGUCUCAGGGAGCAGCUAAGCACGAAAUGUGUGCGAGAUUUGAAAACUGCAAGGGACACAGAUGUAUCAAACAGGAAGUGCUCAAUGGGCUCUGCUAGAGCACUGUGUGGUCUGCAAAUCUGCUGACAGUUUUAAUGUGACAAACAUUUGAAUAGACAGUCACAGUACUGUUAGAGGUUGCAUUCAAUCAAGGAAGCACAAAUACUCUGUACUGGUACUUCUUUAGCAGGGGAUUUACAAUGUUUUUGCUGAUUACUGUGUUAUAGUUUACAAAGUUGUGUUUGAAUGAUGUGAACAGAGUAAUUAUUUCUUGUUAGGGUAUUUUUAUGCUUAAAUACCCACACUGAUCGGAUAUGAAGGAAUUCUGCUGAGCUGUUGUGUGGCAAAAAAUGAUUCUUGAAGAAGACACAGGCAUAAGCAGGGGGGGCAUUACAUUCAACAAUUUGAAUAUGGUAAUUCAGUGGUUAUAGGGCUUAUAUUUUACAGUAUUUUGUAUUUUAA